UUCCUGCAGUGGGAGGGCUGAGGCUUUUCUUUCAAGGCUGGUGUCAGGGGUGGAGGAACUAGGUCUGUUUUCUACGGACUGGUACACAACCCAGCCGAACCCUUAAAAGUAGCUCUUGCCUGAAAGGUGCCUCACAGCAGCCAUGGAGAAAAUCAAGCUAGCCGUGGAGCGGGCCAGGGCGGCUUUCAACACAGGGAAGACACGGCCCUUGGAGUUCAGAAUCCAGCAGCUGUUGGCCCUCAAGAAGAUGAUAAAGGAGAAGGAGAAAGAAAUCACGGCAGCCCUCAUGGCAGACCUCCACAAGAAUGAUCUCAACGCUUUUACCUACGAGAUUAUGGGCGCUCUGGGUGAGAUUUCUCUGAUGGUGGACAAACUCCCUGAAUGGGCCGCCCCUCAGUAUGUGGAGAAGACCAUUAUGACGAUGACUGACGAGACCUACAUCCACCGUGAGCCGCUGGGCGUGGUCCUGGUCAUCGGGGCAUGGAACUACCCUUUCAUCCUCGUCAUACAGCCGCUCAUUGGGGCCAUCGCCGCAGGGAACGCUGUCGUGCUUAAGCCGUCCGAGGUCAGCGAACACACGGCCAAGCUCUUUGAAGAAAUCCUCCCUCAGUACCUGGACAAGGACCUGUUCCCGGUCGUCAACGGGGGCGUUCCGGAGACCACAGAGCUGCUGAAGCAGCGGUUCGACCACAUCCUCUACACAGGCAACAGCACAGUGGGGAAAAUCGUCAUGGAGGCUGCCGCCAAGCACCUGACGCCUGUCACUCUCGAGCUGGGAGGGAAGAGCCCUUGUUACAUCGACAAAAACUGCGAUAUCGACAUGGCGUGCAGGCGGAUCACAUGGGGGAAAUUCAUGAAUUGCGGCCAGACCUGCAUCGCCCCCGACUACAUUCUGUGCGACCCGUCCAUCCAAAACCAAAUAGUGGAGACGGUUAAGAAGACGCUGAAGGAAUUUUACGGCGAGGACAUGAAGAAAUCCCCGGACUACGAGAGGAUUGUGAACAAGCGCCAUUUCAAGAGACUCAUGGGCCUCCUGGAAGGGCAGAAGAUCGCUUACGGCGGGGAAACGGAUGAAUCCACGUGCUUCAUAGCACCAACCAUUCUCACGGACGUCAGCCGGGAAUCCAAGGUCAUGCAGGAGGAGAUCUUCGGCCCCAUCCUGCCCAUCGUCACCGUCAAGGGCCUGGACGACGCCAUCCAGUUCAUCAACCAGCGGGAGAAGCCCCUGGCCCUCUACGUCUUCGCCGACAACAAGGUAAGAGUUCAGAGGAUGAUUGCAGAGACUUUCAGCGGAGGGGUGACAGCCAACGAUGUUCUGAUGCACUUCACUCUCCCUUGCUUCCCGUUUGGAGGUGUUGGUAACAGCGGGAUGGGGGCCUACCAUGGCCGGUACAGCUUUGAGACCUUCUCCCACAAACGCUCCUGCCUCGUCCGAGCCCUCAAGAUGGAAGCUGUCAACAACCUCCGCUACCCGCCCAGCAGCCGCAAGAAGGUAGAUUGGGCCAAGUUCUUUGUCCUGAAGAAGUUCAACAAACGCAAGAUUGGGCUCGCCCUCCUGGCAGUCUUGGGCAUCCUGGUGGCCGUCGUGGUCAAGAACGGCCGGGUUGGGCUAGGGAUUAAGACCUUGCUGGCUGCAGUGGCCACACAGAGAAUGUGGAACCUCAGUAGGAAGUGAUGAAACCCAUAUUCAAAGCCGGCGCCGUUCAGGGGAGGUCGCGUUUUUCUGAGUCCAGGGUUCACCGACACCAUUGACGGAACAAGUCGUGUUAUACAAGCUGUUCUCACCGGGUUAAGGGGGCUGGUUGCUAAAGCACACUUCUGUAAGGAAUUUUGCCAUUUCUUUUUAAUCAUUAAACACACUAAAAAGUCAAGAGGAGGACCUGAGCGACAGUCUGCGCCCGCAGCCUCCCGCUGUAAACAAGGGCGUUUUAGGCAGCGAAACCGAAAAGCGCUGUCAAUAUUCUUGCUGCUGUUCUUGAAGGACUCUUCACACAAAAAAAUAUGUCUGAGGUUUUUUAAAAA